UAUAUAUAUACUAUCACGGACACACACACAUACACACACAUAUAUACGAGACAAAAGUAGGUGCUACAUGUAUAGGUAGCCUCUUGUAUAUCCAUAUAUACACACAUACCUAUACGCAUAUCUAUCGAUUUAUGACAACAUGUCACACACAUUCCUGCGUACGUCCAAGAACGUGUCCCAGCGCACUUUGACGCCUCUAAUGCGUGUGAGUUCGCGUAUGGCGUCUACACUGUCGUCCUAUGUACACCCUCUGUCUCGUAAGUACAAAGGCACGCAGCACAACAAAGCCGCAUCUUUGCAUACCCACGCAGACAUGCCCUUACACACGCAUAUAACAUAUAACCACUACCACCACCAUGCGCAUGCGUGUGCUUGCACACAAGUACAUGCUCACUCAUUGACACACAAACACUCGCACGCGCGAAGCUUCACAUCGAGCCCGUUGCGUCUGGAUAGCUCUAAUAGCGCUAAGGCAUAUCGUGUACUUGAUAGUAUGCAGGGGGAAUCGACUACUCAUUCACCUACAAUAGAGCAUGUGCGAGUCUUCAUGGACAAUGUGGGUGUCAAUAUAGACCAGGACCUCGCUCUGAGGGCUCUGACCCAUCGCUCGUCUGUUCACGACCAUCUAGGACUACUGGGAAAGCGAACACUGAACAUGUUCAUGACUGAACGGGUUAUCGAGGUAUACGGCCAUAAAUACAAAGCGGAUACACUCAAAUCCAUAGUCAAGUACGCCUUGGAUACCGAACAGCUGGUCCGAGUCACUGAAAAUACAGGACUACGCAACGCAAUCACUGUGUCUAAAGGGCGACGCGAUAUGCGAGGGACGUAUUGGGCCCCUGAGUUCAUCAGUGACCGGGUGGUUCAGUCCGCAUUCUUUGCCUUUGUGGGGGCUGUGUAUUCCACACAGGGCCCAGCGGAGGUGCAGCGGUUGGUUUCGAAUCUACUAUUCACCUCAUAUGAAGACGUCGAGACCGUGCUCAAGCUUGCCAGCCCCGCUAUCACGCUCACCUCCAUCUGUCGAACGGAUAAUAUCGCCGAUCUCACUGCCACCGCCACUACGCUCUCUGGGGGUCUGCAUCAGGUGGACAUUAAACGGGGUGAUACCGUGAUCGCCAGUGCGAAAGCCCGGAGUAUCAAAACCGCACGCACGAGUGCACUCAGCGCGGCGCUGCAGAGUGAGCCUUUCGCUACCAGAAUGCCCCAGAUACCUCUCCACACCGAAAUGGGGUUCGAAACUCUACAGGAUCUGAACAUGGACACCAAUAUGCGCGAUAUGGAUGUGAUCGUGGCAGAAAAGCACAUCGCUCCUGACGAGGCGGGAAAAGCUCAUGUUGAAGAGUAGAUCAGAUGUGAUAUGUAUAGCGACCCAAUGGAGAUUAAAGGAAUUGAGUGUA